CGAUGUCACCAACUUUGGAUAAUCUAACAAUCUCAGAUAGUUACCUUUCAGGGAAGCAUGACGUACCUUAUUUUCAUUUUCUUGUACAUGCAUGUAGGCCAAUGCAUUUUUUGGCAUAUUAAUUGAUGAUAAAAUGGUUUUAAUAAUUUCGAUUUAAAGCGUGUAAACAAGUGAGUGAAGAGCAGAAGAUCUCGAACAUACUGCAUGGUGCCACAGAGAUGACAGUUGGAAGAAUUGGUAAUAUUUUAUCAACAAAUGUCCUUAGAGAACAUAUAAAAACUAUAUCAGUUGUUAAAACUGGUGGUAUACGCGUUAUAGAAACAACUUGGUCACCAGAUACACAAAUAGAUGUCUAUAAACAUCAUUUCUUACCGAGUCAUAUACCAACUUCACAAUAUUUUGACUUUAUCAACUGUGCCCCUAGGAGUGAAUAUUUUCGAAGAAGUGUACCAGAUAUAAAUAAAUUUACAGAUAUAGCUCAAAGUCUAGGAAUUAAUAAUGAUACACAUAUAAUAACAUAUGAUAGAACUAAUUCAUUAUCAUCUAUUAGAACAUGGUGGUUAUUGAGGUUAUAUGGUCAUAGAAAAGUAUCAGUAUUAGAUGGUGGUUUUAAAAAAUGGUUGAAUGAUGGUUUUGAAGUAUCAGAUGAAAGUGCAAACUAUAAGAUAGGUAAUUUUGAAGGUAAACUAGAUAAAACAUUAAUAAGAGAUUAUGAAGAUAUGUGUGAAAAUGUAGUCAAUAAAAAAGAACAAGUAGUAGAUGCUAGAAAUAGUCUCAGUUUUCAAGGUGAAGAUGACAUGCCAUCAGAAGCUAAGAAGGGUCACAUUCCUGGAGCUAAGAAUAUUCCAUACAGUUCUUUAUUCAACUCAGAUGGUACUUAUAAAUCACAACAUGAGCUGAAAUUAUUAUUUGAUGGAGCCUCAAUAGAUCUAGGACAACCAGUAACAGCUAUGUGUGAAACAGGAUUAACUGCUUGUGGUUUGGUAAUGGCUGGGAACAUGCUGGGCAAAGAGACAAUACCAGUUUAUGCUGGUUCAAUGUAUGAAUGGGGUCAAAGAGCACCAGAAGAUCUGUGUGUGAAAGGGAAUUCGUAAUACUCUACUACAGACAAUUUAAAUUCCUAUGCAAAACUUUGAGACCCCUGACCACUGUGCUUUCUAAAUUUAAUAUUGUUAUAAAUCUUUGGUUCUAAUUUUACAUUAAAUUGAAUGUGUCUAUGAGUUAAACUCUAUAAAAACAGGAAAGGAAAUACAUAUAAGGACUUCAACAAUUCUUUUUUUACUAACCUCAAGAUAACUGAGGUUGAGAGUUUUCAGGACCUUCACCAUCAAACCGAAUUCAGAUUUGUGACUGAGCAAUCUUAAGUUUUUGUGAGAUUUUGCAUGAAUGUGAAUAGAAAUAGUAGUUAUGAUCCAAACAGUUUUGAUGUAAGGUAUAUCAUGUUCUAUAAUACUGAUCAACAUACAAGGGUACAAUAUAACAAUAAAUUUGACCCAUGCCUCAUUAUAGAAAUUCUUGGUUGUUCAGAAGUGUAUUCUCAACACAAUUGGACUUAAAUUUUUACAGAUUGAUUAUUAGGUAUGUAAGGUUUUGCCAUAUUGGUAAACAUUUUAAUAGGCUGACUGACUCUGAUUCAGAGUGUAAAGGUUUUUGUUUUACAAUUCAACAAAUUUUUAUCAAAAUUAUAUUGUGCCUUAAACUAUAUUGUAAUAUUUGGUUGUAAAAGUAGAGGAAUUUUUUUGUUUUUUAUUAAGAUGAAAUUUAUUAUGUUUUCUUCAUACUUUAAUAAACUAAUUAUAAACAUUAUAUAUAAAAAA